GGGGGCGCAUGCGCGGCUGCUGGCGGCGCACCGCGGCAGGCGGGCGGCGGAGGCGGCGGAGGCGGCCGCGGCGGCUGCAGAUGCUGCGGAGCGGCGGCGUGUGGCUCCCUCCGAGAUCCCUGUUGUGUGCAACGGGCUGGCGGGGGUGUUCCUAGUGGGCCCCUGCCUGGUGCGGUCGGGGGAGGGGCGCACGCUGUCGCCCACGGAGUUCGAGCGCAUCGCGGGGAAGGCGGCGUCCAAGAAGUGGAAGGUAACCCUGCGGGUGCUCACCCCGGGCGGCACCCCCGGCCCCACCCUGGGGGAGCACCUGGUGGAGCUGGGGCUAGAGGAGCCGCCGGCGCCCAGGCCCCGCGGCCAGCUGGCUCAGGCCAUCGCCAACCUGGAUGCGUUCAAGCGCCGCCAGCAGGGGGCGCCACCCCCGCAAACACAUACACACACCGCCGGGGGGCGCACGCCCUCAGCAACGGGCUCGGCGGAAGCGGGG